GGAACCGGAACCCAUCGUCGCUUUAAAAAGGCGUCUCUCUCCUUUCUUCACGGAAACGAAAGAGCGAGGACGAGAGAAAUCGAAGUCGAACUCCAACCGAUUUCGGUAACCAAACCCUAGCUCUCUCGUUCUUCGACGCUAAAAAUCUUCGAAUCCAGGAGAUUAUUUUAGUUCAAUCGCAGUACGUUUUGUUUAGAUAGAAUUCUUGUUCUAGGGUUUUUGGUUUCAUUCGUUUGAGAUCCAUGCUUUUUUAAAGAAAACUUUCGUGGAUUUCCUCGAUUUUAUUUGAAAUAUUGGGGUUGAUUCUCAUCGGGAAUGGGAAAAGGAGGGCAAGAUCGAGGGGAGAGAGCAGAUCUGGACCCUCCUCAUUUAAAUUUCCCUGCUUGGUCGAAAACGAUCCCUGAAUGCGAGUCUCAUUUCAAGGUCUCGGCCGAUCAAGGUCUCACGUCGGCCGAAGCUUUGAAGAGGCUCAAGAUCUACGGUCCGAACGAGCUCGAGAAGCACUCUGGGCCGUCGAUCUUCCAGCUAGUUCUAGAGCAGUUCAAUGAUACUCUUGUCCGAAUCCUUCUCGUUGCCGCCGUCGUCUCUUUCGUGCUCGCUUGGUAUGAUGGAGAUGAAGGUGGCGAGAUGGGGAUCACUGCGUUUGUGGAGCCGUUGGUGAUCUUUUUUAUCCUUAUUGUGAAUGCUAUUGUUGGGGUUUGGCAAGAGAACAAUGCGGAGAAAGCAUUGGAAGCUUUGAAAGAGAUCCAAUCGGAGCAUGCCACUGUGAAAAGAGAUGGGGUUUUUACCCCAGAUUUGCCUGCGAAAGAUCUUGUUCCGGGGGAUAUUGUAGAGCUUAGGGUUGGGGAUAAGGUACCGGCCGAUAUGAGGGUUCUUUAUUUGAUAAGCUCGACCCUGAGAGUUGAGCAGGGGUCUUUAACUGGGGAGAGUGAGGCUGUGAAUAAAACUAACCGGAGAAUUGAGUUGUGAGACUCGAUAUGUUCAGGGAAGAGUGCUAUGGUGUUUGCGGGUACUACUGUUGUGAAUGGAAGUUGUGUUUGUAUGGUAGUUCAAACUGGGAUGAAUACGGAGAUCGGUAAAAUUCACUCGCAAAUCCAUGAGGCUUCACAAGAGGAUGAUGAUACACCGUUGAAGAAGAAACUGAAUGAGUUCGGAGAGGCUUUGACUGCUAUAAUCGGUGUAAUUUGUGCUUUGGUUUGGCUUAUUAAUGUGAAAUACUUCCUGACUUGGGAGUAUGUUGAUGGGUGGCCAAGGAAUUUCAAGUUUUCGUUCGAGAAGUGUACAUACUAUUUCGAGAUUGCAGUGGCUUUGGCUGUUGCUGCAAUUCCUGAGGGGUUACCUGCUGUGAUUACGACUUGCUUGGCAUUAGGGACGAGGAAGAUGGCACAGAAGAAUGCACUAGUGAGGAAAUUGCCAAGUGUUGAGACUUUAGGGUGCACCACUGUGAUUUGCUCUGAUAAAACUGGGACUUUGACAACGAAUCAGAUGUCAGCAGUGAGGCUUUUGGCAAUGGGGCGGUGGACAGAUAGUCCUCGGACCUUUAAGGUGGAGGGAACUACUUAUGAUCCUUGUGAUGGGAAGAUUCAUGAUUGGCCAAGUAGCAACAUGGAUGCUAAUCUUCAAAUGAUCGCAAAGAUUGCUGCUGUUUGCAAUGAUGCAAGUAUUGCUCAUUCAGGGCAUCAGUAUGUUGCCAGUGGGAUGCCGACAGAGGCAGCUUUGAAGGUCCUGGUUGAGAAAAUGGGAGUACCAGCAGGAUGUAACCCUUUAUUACUGGAAUCUGAUGGGUUAUUACGAUGCUGUCAGUGGUGGAGCACAUCUUCCCAAAGGAUAGCAACCCUUGAGUUUGAUCGCACUCGAAAAUCAAUGGGAGUUAUUGUGAAAUCAAAAUCGGGAAGGAAUUCCUUACUUGUAAAGGGUGCUGUUGAAAGUUUGUUAGAGAGAAGUACCUAUAUUCAGUUGCUUGAUGGUUCUGUUGUGCUACUGGAUGAUACUUCAAAAUCUGUUAUUUUAGAUGCUCUUCAUGAGAUGUCAACAAACGCUUUGCGUUGUUUGGGUUUUGCAUACAAGGACGAUCUAUCAGAUUUCUCAACUUAUGAUGGCGAAGACCAUCCAGCUCACAAGCUCUUACUUGAUCCCUCUAAUUAUUCAUCCAUUGAAAGUAACCUCAUAUUUGUCGGCAUGGUUGGACUUCGGGAUCCUCCAAGAGAAGAGGUGCACAAGGCGAUUGAGGAUUGUAGAGCAGCUGGGAUUCGAGUAAUGGUAAUAACAGGCGAUAACAAAGAAACAGCAGAAGCUGUUUGUCGCGAUAUAGGUGUAUUUGCACCUGACGAAGAUUUCAGCGGGAAGAGCCUCACUGGGAAAGAAUUUAUGUCUCACCCGGAUAAAAAGACUCUUUUAAGACAAAAAGGUGGGCUUCUGUUCUCGAGGGCUGAACCUAGGCAUAAACAAGAGGUAGUGAGAUUGCUGAAAGAAGAUGGUGAGGUUGUGGCAAUGACGGGGGAUGGGGUGAAUGAUGCCCCUGCUCUGAAAAUGGCUGAUAUUGGUAUUGCUAUGGGCAUUGCAGGAACUGAGGUUGCUAAGGAAGCCUCGGACAUGGUGUUAGCAGAUGAUAAUUUCAGUACUAUAGUUGCAGCGGUUGGUGAAGGAAGAUCUAUCUAUAACAACAUGAAGGCUUUUAUAAGGUACAUGAUCUCAUCAAAUAUCGGUGAAGUUGCCUGCAUAUUUUUAACUGCAGCACUAGGAAUUCCUGAAGGGCUGAUACCGGUUCAACUCUUAUGGGUCAAUCUUGUCACUGAUGGCCCUCCUGCUACAGCUCUGGGAUUUAAUCCACCAGAUAGAGACAUUAUGAGAAAACCCCCACGGAGAAGUGAUGACUCAUUAAUUAAUGCAUGGAUUUUAUUUCGCUAUCUGGUCAUUGGACUUUAUGUGGGAGUUGCCACUGUUGGUGUCUUUAUUAUAUGGUACACUCAUGGCUCUUUCUUAGGAAUAGACUUGAGCACUGAUGGCCACACCCUCAUCACCUAUUCCCAGCUCUCAAACUGGGACCAAUGCCCAACAUGGGAGGGCUUCAAGGCCUCACCAUUCACUGCUGGAGCACGAACCAUCUCCUUUGAUGAGAACCCUUGCGACUAUUUCCAGACCGGUAAAGUGAAGGCAAUGACACUAUCUCUCUCUGUCUUAGUUGCCAUCGAGAUGUUCAAUUCGCUUAAUGCCUUGUCAGAAGACGUCAGCCUCUUGAGCAUGCCUCCUUGGGUCAACCCUUGGCUUCUGUUGGCCAUGUCAGUCUCAUUCGCCUUGCAUUUUCUUAUCCUGUAUGUGCCAUUCCUUGCUCAAGUGUUUGGAAUCGUGCCCCUUAGCUUCAAUGAAUGGCUUUUGGUAUUAGCGGUUGCUUUCCCUGUUAUCCUCAUAGAUGAAGUUCUCAAGUUCAUUGGAAGGUGUAGCUCUUCGAAGGUUGACAGUCAUUCUUCAAAACGCAAAGAUGAUUGAUUGAUUUGGUUUCUUCAUGGAGACGCUGACUUUUAUUGAGAUAAUCUGUUCUGGGAUCUCAAUUCACAUUGAAAUUGAAUUGUUUAGGAUUCUAGUACUCUCUCAAUAUUGAAGCACUGGGAAUGUCAGUGGAUUGUUUACAAUUUCACAAGCGAUUUUUCGUAAUUUAGCAAAUUGCUGUAUUACCAGUAAUUUUUUUUUAGGUGAUUCUGUUAGUGCAGUGCAGCUUAGAUUCAUGUUAGUACGCUUUAUUUGCCAAGUGCGGAUGGAGCAAUUGUACUGUUAUAAAUGAGACCAAAAGUUUUGGGGUCGAUGCUUUAUAAAUAAUUGACAUUUUCAGGUGACUUAGAAUCA